AUGACUUUGAAGGACAAGAAAUUACAAGAAAAUUAUAAGUCUGAUGUUGAGUCAAGACUUUUCUUUUGGCAGUUCUUCAUGGACCCUCCUUCCAGCUCCCUCUCCUUGGUGGUCCUUCCUCCCUGGCUCCUUCAUGGUCCCUCCUCUCUGGCCUUCUUUGGUGAUCCCUCCUUCCUGGCUCCUUUGUGGACCCUCCUCCUUGGCCUUCUUUGGUGGGCCCUCCCUCCUGGCUCCUUUGUGGUCCCUCCUCCCUGGCCUCCUUCCAGGGACCCUCUCCUUGGCCUUCUUUGGUGGACCCUCCUCCUUGGCUCCUUCAUGGACCCUCCUCCCUUGUGGGCCCUCCUUCAUGGCUCUUUGGUGGUCCCUCUUUCAUAG